AGGCCAGUGCACUCAAAAAAUGGUCUCCAUUCUAUUCUUCCUGGCAACUCUUGUUGCUUCUGCCUUUGCCGAUGGUUAUACCUGUGCAAACAUUAUGAGAAACCCAACUCAGAAUCUUUCGGAGCCCUACUACUAUCCAGAGACAUGGCGGGAAAACAUGGAACCCACCAAAUAUGCACCGAAUCAAAUUUGCAACUGGCAGAUAAAUGUUCCUGAAGGCUUGUAUGCAACUGUGAUUUUUUACAAGAAAACUGACUCCGAGUCUGGAAUUAAGUGUACCUACCCGAACGGUGAACAAGUAUACAUUGAGGACAAUGAUCAGAAUCCGUACAAAUUCACGUAUCCACGAUUCCAAAUUGACUUACAAGUUGGUGAUAAGCAAGGAGAAUUCUCAUUCAAAGUUGUCUGGUCAGAAUACCCUGACGGAAGGUCGAUGUAUAUUGGAUUAGACGGGGUUCACUCUAUAGCCAGUGUUCCCACAUCUUACUACACUACUGUCACGGCUGUGAAUCAAGUGAUGCUAGUCGGCUUCUCAGUUCCAGAUGUACCAUUGGCUCUUCUCCGUCAAUCAGCUAUUUACGAAGGUGGCUAUACAAAUGGAACAUAUCUUGGAAACCUGGUUAAUGCUAGAUCCGGACAAAUUUAUUCAACCAGCAAUAAGCUCGGGGUGUAUACUUUUGGCUUGGAAAAGUUCAUAAAUCAAACAGUGUUUAUGGUCCUGGAUUCAAGAGCUGCUGGAGAUAUCGUUCAGUACACCGGAACGAAUUGUCCAACGGAUCCUAACAAAUCAUGCGGUAUUUUUCUAAAUUCACAGAAAAACGUGUCUGCGGUGGCCACUAUUUCGAGACAACCUGAUUACUUGACUCUUCCGAAGGGAUUUGCAAAUAGCAUCACACUAAAAAUUUACGGAGAAACUAUGGAAGAAAGCAACCUUUUUGCCACAAUCAACUCCAACUACCAGUCAAUGUUCCCACUAAGAGUCACAAAUUCCCUUAAAAUCUAUCACUCAGAUACCGGAUUACUUACGGUUCCAGUUGCCAAAAAUGCUGAUGCUGCCAAAUGGAACUCGGUGUUCGAUGGACGAUACAUCAUUGUUCGAUCAUUCGAUUUCAAUAGACAAAGCUAUGCCCAAGACACAACUGAAACUUUUGUAACUGAUCCAAAUAACCAGAUGUACUUUAAGUUCAAUGUGAAAUAUUUGGAUACUAAUGGACCAACUACAUUGGAUGUUAACGUCUACAAAAAUGGAGUUGCUGUCUUCACAGCAACAUAUACUGCCACAAAUCCCCCAUUGCCUUUCCCGAACGGUAUCUUGGGAGACAAGAUGGAAGUAAAUUAUCAAACUUAUGGAAACUACACUCAAGGAUUCCAAGUUGAUAUUCUCACUACGAAAAAUGGUGAUGCUUCACCUUCUUCACAAAGUCCUGUGAGCACCCCCAGCACUGUCACCAUGUCACCAAGCACAUUGACAACAAAAAUCAUAACUUCAACUAAAUCAGAUUCUCCAACAACAUUCCCAACACUGGCACCGGGAGCAUCCACGACAAUUGGGACUGGAGCCACAAGAGGCACAACACAGAGAUACGAGUCCACGACGAAAAGUGGAAUAAACAAGUUUUCCUUGACUACAUUGGCAAUUGUUGGUUUUGUUAUGCUGGUCUAAUUCACACGAUCUUUUAAAAAUAAUUAUUUGUUGAUAUUUUUUGCAUAAAUUGUUUUUGAAUAAACGAGAUUAUCACGA